AUGCCGGAGCUCGAUCGCAAGCUCUACACAGUGGCAUGGAUUGCCCCUCUUUACAUCGAGGCUAGGGCAGCUUUACUCAUGCUGGAUCAGAGGCAUCCUGGACAAUUCCCAAUUCCUCGGGGGUGCGGUUACGUUUUCCACGCGGGUAGCAUAGGCGGACACAAUGUGAUAAUCGCUACGCUGCCUGCUGGUCAGGAAUACGGUACCGCUUCAGCAGCAGUUCUCGCUGCUCAGGUGCAGAGUUUCUUUCCCAACCUGUGGUUCGGGCUGCUCGUGGGCGUUGCUGCUGGCCUACCAAAUCUUUCCUGCCAGCCACCGCGAGAUAUCAGACUCGGAGAUGUGCUGGUUGCCUUACCUCUUGGCGACACCCCGGCUAUAGUUCCGUAUGACUUAGGGAAAGACAUAGGUGGCGAUGAGUUUCUACUCCUGCGUCGUGGUCACACGAUGGCUCAAACCCAAACGAUUGUCAGGUCUGCAAUUAGGAGAAUCCAGCUCGACGGUUCUGAUGAAUCUGAGUCAUUUCUCCAGUAUUACCAACAGAUACGUGACAAGACGCACGAUGGUGGUGAUUUCAGCGACCCCGGUCAAGAUAAAGACGUAAUUUACGAAUCUGACCAGCAAGGAAUUGAGCGCAGAGUCACGAGGGAGCCUCGUUCAGAUCGAGGCCGUACCAGAGUUUGGUACGGACCAAUUGGCUCAGGUGACAAGCUGAUGCGAAAUUCUCGGCGUAGGAAUGAGCUCAGGGAUAAAUACAACAUCAUUGGGCUUGAGAUGGAAGCGGCUGGGACGAUGAAUUGCAUCCCUGUUGGCGUCAUUCGCGGCGUUUGCGAUUACGGGGACGAGCACAAGAACAAAGAAUGGCAACCGUAUGCUGCAGCUAUGGCAGCAGCAUACGCCAAGUCUGUUCUCCGAACAAUAGUUCCCGAGGAUCGAGAGAGACUCUCUCUCAUGAAUAUCGGCAAGUUCUCCUAUGAUAUUAGGGUCUACUACGUCGAUGCCAGCAGCAAAGUCACUGCAGACAGCAACUUUACAGAUAUAUCUCGAGUAUGCCAAGUUCAGCAUCACUGGGAGGGUAUCCCCCCAGACGAACAGAUACGCAUUACAAGAGAAUGUCUUGCUAGUCAUAAAGAUCCCUGGCUCUUGAUGAUAGACAACGCAGACUCAAGAGACUUCAAUUUGGACACCUACAUACCCACGGCAGGGCCUGGCACAAUUCUUAUCACAACGACCGACGAGGGAUUCGCGACAUACGGACAUGCAUCACACAGGGUUGGCAGUAUGAGUGAAGAUGAGGCUAUCAGUCUUCUCUUAAAGUAUACGAACCCAGACAAUGGUCAUUCCAAUGAUCAAUACCCCUCAGCUGACAAGUCGGCCAAAAGGCUUGCCACGGAAGUCCUUUGUGGUUUACCGCUAGCCAUAGCUCAAGCCGGCUCCUAUAUAUCCUACCACCGUUCCACGUACGACGAAUAUCUCGAGGAAUUUGGCAAAUGUCCCAGGGAUCUGCUCAAUGAAGAUCGUCAUCUGAUGCAACGCCACCAUCAACAUCUGCCAGUAUGGUCUACUCUAGCUCUAUCAAUUGGUAGGAUCGAGAAGCUUCAAGACAGAGGAUCUACUGAAGCCAUUGAGCUGUUGAGAACUAUGAGCUUUCUUCAUAACGAAGGGAUCCAUGACCACCUAUUUCGGGAGGCUUGGAAAAACAUGAAGAAGUUUCCAUCGCUGUCAAAAUAUGUGACCUUCCUCAAUCCAUCAACAUCUCGCUGGAACACACCUACCAUCCAGGCCGCCUUCGCUAUCCUCCGUCGCUACAGCCUGAUCACCCCAGUUUCAUUGUCCAAACAACAGUAUUCGAUGCAUAAAAUUGUUCAAACAAUAUGCAGAGAGCUUUUGACACCGACCGAACAACUCGAAUAUUCUUUCAAGGCUGCUUCUUUGACGGCAGUAGCGUUGUCCGGCAUUGAGACUCCUCUAUCCUGGAUAGACGAUCCUAGUGGUUUCGACUCACAGAAGCUUUUGUGA